GUGUGUGGGUAAAGUAAACUGUCACUUUUUUUUUACCAUUAGGGUUUAUUUUACGCAUGCUACCGAAUACCGAUAAGGUGACACGCCGUCCUAUUCCGUUAUGAUUCUUUUUUAAAUCCCCGUUAUAUGUAACAGUUUGACAUUUGAAUAUCUGUUCUGUAAAAAUCUCAAGUUUGGCGAAAUAACUGGAUUUUCAAUUCGUUGCCAGUUGUUGUAUUUGAUAGAAUAUCUGUCAAGUUGUGAUUCACAGCAGAAGUGACUGGGUUUGGGUAGACAUGUCCGCAGAAAUGGACAAAACAACUGAUGCAAGCGGGGGCGAUGAAGAAGAAUGGUUAUAUGGAGAUGAGAGUGAGGAGAAGGCAGAGGAAGAGGCACCUAAUAGUGCAAAAACCCAGCAGACUGCUGAAGAGGUCCAUGAGAAUGGAGUAGUGAAGCAGGAUACAGGCCAGGAAGAUGAAGAAAGUGACAGUGACAGUGAGGAUGAUGAUGACGUGUGUGUAACCAUUGGUGAUAUAAAGACCGGAGGCUCGUCUCAGCCUUUCAAUGCUUUUGGAUCCACACCAGUUAAUCUCAACAUUAAGGCUGCAGGGAGAACACAUGCGUCAGUUGGCCCCAAAGCCAAAGGAGUGGACCUGGAUGCACUGGGCAGUGUUAACGGAAUCCCUGUGUUGGAGGUCGACAUUGAGUCUUUUGAAGAAAAGCCGUGGAGAAAGCCUGGUUCGGACCUCUCAGACUACUUUAACUAUGGCUUUAACGAGGACACCUGGAAGACCUACUGUGAGAAACAGAGGAGACUACGCAUGGGGUAUGAGGGCAUGAACCAUGCUUCAGCCACUAAAAUCAUGGUCCACCAGGGACGUUCAGCCCAUGGUGAUAGGGAUGGGGCCCUUUCCUGCUUUAGGUCUGACUAUUCCUCCCCCAGCAACCACUACAAUUCAGGCUCCUCCAGAAAGCAGAGCGGCACCAUUGAUGUUAUUGGGGGACAAACUGGUACCAUCAGCCGGGUAGAGGGACGAAGACGUCACAAUAUAGAAGGAAAUAACAUCCAGGUGCUUUCUGAGCCCCCCUCUGAUGCUGAGCCUACUCCCACUAAGAUGCCCCCCUUUUUUCCUCCCAAUCCCCCGCCUCCUUUCCCGCCUCCACCCCACAAUGUCAGCUCCGCCCCUCCACUCAUUCCUCCACCACGGAUCCCCAUCAAUGUUCCUCCACCUGGCUACCCUCCUGGCGCACCACCUCCUUCUCUGAUUCCCACCUUAGACAGUGGACGCCCUGGAGGCUAUGAUGGUCGCUCAGCUCCACCGUACCCCCCCUUCCCUCCAGGUGUGUACCCUCCUCCUCCUCCCCCGGGUAGCGCAGCAGCCUCCUGGGCCGGGGUAUUCGACAGUGCCAAGGCCUGGGAGUACUACGCGCAGCGGGACAACGAGCGAGAGCGCCACAAGGAAAGAGACCGAACCAGAGAACGUGGACACGAGAAAGAAAGAGAAAGGGAGAGAGAGCACAACCCUUCCUCCCAGGUCGUCAACAGUGAGGAGGAUCGGCACCGGCACAGGGACUAUGGGGAGAGAGGAUAUGACCGCCACCACCACGAGAGAUCCAGCAGAGAGAAAGAAGAGAGACACCGAGAGAAGAGACACAGAGACAAAGAGGAGGGGAGACACAAGUCCUCAAGCAGUAGCAGCAGGAGGAGACAUGAGAGUGAGGAGGGGGACAGUCAUCGAAGACACAAACACAAGAAGGUCAAGAGGAGCAGAGAGGACAAGGAGCCCAGCCAGGAACUCUCUGCUGACCAGGAGAACCAAUCAGAGCCCACAGAGUGAUUCUCUGUCCCUCUCACCAGUCAAUAGGGGGACCCGCUGUGACCCUCAGGCAUUCUGUUUAACAUAUCAGACACUGGACUGCUCCUCUAAUAUAUUUCAGUUCACUUUGAAGGUGAAAAACCCAAAGCAUUGUUUUAUGUAUACGUUGUAUACAACUUGUAUAUUUUGACUCAUCUGAGAGACGUGUUUUGUUUUAUUGAAUUUAAGAGAUAUGUUUGGAUAAAGGAGCUGACUGGACCUCAGUUGAUUGUUCAAA